UAGAGGCACACCGCGUCUACACAUCCCGCCAAACACGCCCAACAUGGCCACAACAGAUCCUUUUGAUGCAGCGCUCGACCUCCUCCGCCGCCUUCCACCCUCCUCCACCCAGCAAAACCUCAACGGCAUCAUCUCUCUCCAACCUUCGCUGGAAGAAGACCUUCUCUCCUCCGUCGAUGUCGCUUUGACAUCCAAACGCUGCACCAAAACUGGCCGCGACUACCUCUGCUGCGACUACAACCGCGACGGAGACUCGUACCGCUCGCCCUGGUCCAAUGAAUUCGAGCCUCCGAUAGCCGAAGACGAUGCCGCCGACUUGAUCCCCUCUGGUCGCGUACGCCGCAUGGAGGAAGUCUUGAACCAAGGCGUCGAUGUCUACCGAGAGCUGUACUACGAAGGUGGCAUUAGCAGCGCUUACCUCUGGGCACUGGACGAGGGAUUCGCAGGCGUAGUGCUGUUCAAGAAGAGCGUGAGUGGAUCGGCUGCAGGAAAAGGCGGUUGGGACAGUAUCCAUGUGCUGGAAGUCAACGAAGCCGCGACGAAGAGAAGCGCGCACUAUAAAUUGACAUCAACAGUCAUUCUGGAUCUCGGGCUGCAAUCGAAUGCCGUGGAUAACCUAGAACUGGCGGGGAAUUUGACGAGACAGACACAACAAGACAGUCCUUUGCAGGGACUCCGGGAUGCCGAGAUCGAACAGAGUCACGUCGUCAACAUCGGCAGGAUGGUGGAAGAUAUGGAGACGAGGAUGAGGAAUAUGCUACAAGAGGUGUAUUUCGGGAAAGCGAAGGAUGUGGUCGGCGAUCUGAGGAGUAUACAGCCGCUGAGCGAGGCGGAGAAAGAUCGUGCGGCGCAUAGGGAGGUGAUCGAUAAGAUGGGGCGAUGAGAGAGUGAUACAGACUGGCGCGGAAGCUGCGUGGUCAGGCGUGCGCAAAUGGACGGCAGUGGCC